UCGUGGUGCACCAUGAAAUCCACCACCACCAUCCUCUCGGCCCUCCUGGCGCUGGCCAUGACCGGGCUGGCCGAUAAAACCUGCACCCCGAGUUUCGAUUACUGCUCGGACGUGCUCCUUGAUUCGAAGGGCUUCUCGCAAGAUGAUCUUACAGCUGCCCUCCAAGGCACUGGGUACGAGAAUGAAGAUGUGGGGGAUAUUCUCUUUCAUUGUACGAAUCCGGGCCAGAUUGGCCAUGCCAAGUUGUGUGAGAAUGGGUGUCAGGAUCCCCCACAGGAGGGGAGUCAUGGGUGUGAUGGGUAAAUGAUGAUUUACUAGGAUUUAUUGUGGAUUUGAUUUAAUUGGAGGGGUUCGGUAGUGG